AUGACUUCCAAUACAAAUGUUUGUGGAAUAUGUGCACUUCGACAGAUAAUGAAGACACCUGAACACUGGUGCUCGGAAUGCGAAGAAGCUCUUUGUGGUGAGUGCAAAGAUCAUCAUAAAUUACUGAAAGCCACCCGAAGACAUGAACCCAUACCAAUUUCAAGUUACAAAUCUCUUCCGCCUUUUAUAGCUAACAUACAACAAUCAUGUGUCUUUCACAAUGAACAAUAUCAAAUAUAUUGCAAUGAACAUACAAAACCUCUCUGUCUUCAAUGCAUCAAUGAUCAUAGUAAGUGCGACGUUACGUCUCUUGAAAAGGUCACCAGAAACGUCAAAACCUCUGAACAAUUUCUAGAUUUAGAAACAAGGCUGAACGACUUAUUACAAAACAUUGAAAGAAUACAGAAAAACCGAGAGGCUAAUGUGACUGACAUUGAAAAAAUGAGAGUGCAUAAUGUUAAAGAAAUCAAACAGAUAAGAGUUGACAUAAACAAUCAUUUAGAUAACCUUGAGAAACAAAUUCUUGAAGAGCUUAGAGAGAAGGAGUACCAAUGUAAAGAGAGUAUUCAGAAAGUUUUGCUGCCGGUCAAGGAAAGAGGAUCUAUAAUAACUCAAUGUCAAUUGAAUUUCAAAAGAAUUAAAGAUUAUGCAUCCGAUCUUCAAACAUAUAUUGGAAUGAGAGACCUCGAGGUCACGGUUUAUGAAAAUGAACAAUAUUUGCAGUCGUUGGUAGAGGGUUUAGAGCAUCUUGACUUAGUGUUCAAGGUUGACACAAGUUAUCAAAGUAUUUUAAACAACCUUAAAAGUUUUGGAUCAAUUGAAAUGAAAAAGUGCAUAAGCGAUAUUGAGUUGACCAGAGCGAAAAAUAAGCAAGCACAAAUACAAGUAACAGCAGCCAGGAAGUCCGUACAAGAUGUGAAGUUAGUUCUGAAGAAGCAAAUAAUAACGAACGGAAGGGUAGUACGGGGUUGUUGUAUGUCAAGAAAUGGAGACGUUUUGUUCACUGAUCAUUCCUUGAAUAAAUCGCUCUACGUACUUAAGUCAGAUGGAACCCUUAAAUAUAAGAUGUCGGUUGAUCCUAGUAACGGGUUUGAUAUAACAUGUGUCGAUGAUAAAAAUGUUGCUGUUACCUCGGGAUAUUCAAAAGAUAAGACCGGUAUUGACAUUAUAAACAUUGAGAACCGAAAUAAAAUAAAGUUCAUCAACCUUCCAGGUUGUUCAUAUGGAAUCACACAUGAUCACGACUCGCUGUUCGUCUGUGUAGAAAAACGUGGUAUAUAUAAAGUGAAAAGUGUGGAUUAUACUACCUCUCACUUGAUCAGUUGUAAAUUACCUUGGGGAUCCUACGUAUCAGUAUUCAACGGCAAUAUAUACUAUACUGACUGUGUUGAUCACAGUGUAGCUUGUUGUGAUCACAAUGGAUCACGUGUUUGGACUUUUAAAGAUAAUUCAGUUUUGAAAGAACCGAGAGGAAUCACUGCCGAUAAUGAGGGAAAUGUGUUUGUUGUUUGGGAACAGUCGUCAACUGUAGUAAUUAUAUCAAAAGACGGAAAACAUCACAAGGAAAUCUUGACCAAAGGGGAUGGUGUCCUUUAUCCAACCGCUAUUUUCUUUGAUAAACAGAAAAAGAAACUUCUUGUUACAAAUCUAGAGAGUACUGUCUUUCUCUACAAUGUUGCGUAA